AUGGCUUUAAGCAAAGGCAUAUUCAUCGUUGGUGCCAAACGUACCCCUUUCGGUGUGCUUGGAGGAAAGCUAAAAAAUUUCACCGCCACCGAUCUGGGGGUCAUAGCUGCACAAGCUGCCAUAAAAGCAGCCGGAAUUGACCCAAGACACGUCGACACGGUCAUCUUUGGAAACGUAAUUCAGUCAUCAAAGGAUGCCGCCUAUCUGGCUCGCCACGUAGCUCUGCGGUCAGGGUUGCCCCAGCAUGUGCCAUGCUUAACCGUCAACCGUUUGUGCGGCUCCGGCUUUCAGUCCGUGGUCAACGCGGCUCAUGAGCUUCUUUUGGGUGAAGCACAUAUCGCCCUCGCUGGUGGCACUGAAUGCAUGAGUCAGGCUCCUUUCGUGGUUCGAGAUGUGCGCUUCGGUACAAAAUUUGGCCAAGUGUAUGAGUUUGAAGAUACGCUUUUCCAAGGUCUCACUGACAGCUAUCCUCAACUAUCGAUGGCGCUCACGGCCGAAAACCUUGGUGCAAAGUAUAACAUUUCGCGGUCUGACUGCGACAACUUUGCUCUUAGGUCUCAAACUCGCUUUCAUCUCGCUCAAAACCAGGGCGCCUUUCACCAGGAAAUCGUCCCCGUGAAGGUUCGUGGAAAGAAAGGGGAAGAAAUGUUCGCUAUUGACGAACACCCUCGUGAAACGAGCUUGGAGCAAUUGGCCAAAUUAAAACCCUUGUUCAAGAAGGAUGGGCUGGUAACGGCAGGCACUGCUUCAGGCAUCAACGACGGCGCCGGCAGUAUAGUGCUGGCAACGGAACCCGCCAUCAAAGAACAUCGCCUGACUCCUCUCACUCGCUUGGUUGACUGGUUCGUGUGUGGAUGCGACCCGUCCAUUAUGGGUAUUGGACCGGUUCACGCCAUCCGCGGACUCUUGAAAAAGACCAAGAUGGAGCUGGACAAAAUAGAUCUGAUUGAGGUUAACGAAGCGUUCUCUGCGCAAUAUCUUGCGGUUGAGAAGGAACUGAAUUUGGACCCGAACAAAACUAACAUUAAUGGAGGCGCCAUCGCUGUUGGACACCCGUUAGCUGCUUCGGGCAGUCGUAUUAUUGCUCACUUGGUUUUUGAAAUGAAACGCAAAAACGCUAAAUACGCGAUUGGAUCAGCAUGCAUUGGCGGUGGUCAAGGGAUCGCACUUCUGGUAGAAAAUAUCGAGUGA